AUGGCGACAACAGGGUCCGAAAUAGUGGUACCAACGGACAGGGAUCAAGUCGCAGAAUUUGGCGAUAUAGACCGUCUGGCACCUCCAAAAGUUGAUGAAAAGAAAGCUAGUAACGAUGUGUCGAAGGAGCACGUCAAAAACUUGGAUGCAGCGAGUGUAGAAAGACCUGUGGUGGACGCAUCGUAUGUGGGUUGGAAGCAAAUUGGUCGGUGGGAAGAAAAAGACGAACUUACCCUUGAGGACGAACUGCUGGAUGUAAACAGCGAAACGUUUUUGGACCAACUAAUUCCAGACAAACUCUAUGGAGACUGGUAUCAUGCCGUUGCUGUGUUUUUCACGGGUGGGUUUCUUUCGUUUUUGAUGGGAAAACUAGGGUUUUCCUUGGGACCUGUUUUCUUUAUUGUCCUUUCGAUGUCACUGCUGUACAGAACUUCGAUCCGAAAGUACAGAAGUUCUAUUCGAGACCUGGUUCAGAAGGAGUUCACUGUUCAAAAGGUGGAGGAUGAUUACGAGUCUAUGGAGUGGUUGAACAGCUUCUUGGACAAAUAUUGGCCCAUUUUGGAGCCUGAAGUAUCCCAAAUGGUCGUGGAACAGGUUAACCUGGUUCUAGCGACAAACACGUCCAUUCCAGCGUUUAUUAAAGCCUUAUGGAUUGACCAACUCACUUUAGGAAUCAAGCCACCUCGAAUUGAUCUUGUAAAAACUUACCAGAACACCGAUACGGACGUUGUGGUCAUGGAUUGGGGGCUUUCUUUCACCCCCCAUGACCUAUCUGACAUGAACGAUAAGCAGUUAAAGAAUUACGUGAAUCAGAAAAUAGUUGUCAAGGCAAAGGCAUUUGGUUUACCACUUUCUGUCUGCGUGUCAGAUGUGGCCUUUCAAGCUUUGGUGAGAGUGCGUUUCAAGCUGAUGACUCCAUUCCCACAUAUUGAAACCGUCAACGUGCAACUUUUGGAAGUGCCCAACAUUGAUUUUGUGGCGAAAUUGCUUGGAGAAUCGAUUUUCAACUGGGAAGUCAUGAAUUUUCCUGGCCUUUUACCUUUGAUCAAAGAAUUGGCGAAGAAAUACAUGGCUCCAACUCUCAUGCCUCCCUUUUCCCUGCAAUUGAAUAUACCACAGCUUCUUUCCGGUUCUGCCGUAUCCAUCGGGGUUUUAGAAGUCACUGUGAAAAACGCUGUUGAUCUGAAAAGAGCUAGAAAUAUUAUUAACAAAUCAAUUGACCCAUACUUGUCGUUCGAAUUGAACGGUAAAUCGGUGGGCACGACCAAAACGGUUAGAGAUUCUCUCAAUCCUGUUUGGGAUGAGACCAUGUACCUUUUGCUCGAUUCCUUUACUGAACCACUUUCCAUUGUCGUUUACGACAAACGUGAGAAGAUAAAGGACAAAGCCCUCGGACGUAUCGAGUACAACUUGAGUACGCUUCAUGACAAAAAGGUGCAGAAAGACUUGAAAGUUGAUUUCUUGAGAAAUUCAAAGCCUGUCGGAUCUUUAAGUUUUGAUUUGAAGUUUCAUCCGACGUUAGAACCUCGUCAGCUCCCUGACGGUACUAGAGAAGAUCCACCUGAAUUAAACGUUGGUAUUGCAAAGAUUAUUAUUGAAGAGGCGAAAGAGCUUGAUGAGCCUGAUGUCAAGGUUGCUGCUUUUGUUGAAUUGUACUUCAAUGCCAAAUUGGUCUUGAAGACAAACAUUGCUAAGGGUACGGAUACCCCAGCGUGGAAUGAAUUCUACGAAGCCGUCAUUACAGAUCGUCGGAGGACUCGUACAAAGAUUGUUGUCAAAGAUCCCAAGGGUAAGAUUAUUGGGCAUAGUGUACAAACUCUGAAUGAUCUGAGAGAUAGGAGUGAAGUGAACAAAAACUGGAUUCCCUUGAUUGGCAAUAAUGGUCAAAUCAAGAUCACAACGUUUUGGAAACCUGUUCCAUUAGAUGUGAGUGCAAAUGCGAUCGCAUACACCCCUCCUAUUGGUGUUGUUAGGCUUUUGAUCAACAAAGCUGACGGUCUCAAGAAUCUCGAAAAGUUCGGAAAAAUUGAUCCUUACGCAAGGGUAUUGGUUAAUGGAAUAGUGAAAGGAAGGACGGACGCCAAGGAGUCUACAGUAAACCCAAUAUGGAAUGAAGCUAUUUACGUCAGUGUCAGUUCCCCAAAUCAGCGUAUCACUAUUGAGUGCAUGGAUGUUGAAACCGUCGGCACUGAUAGAUCUCUAGGCAAAUUCGAUGUCAACAUUUCGGACAUGUUCCAAAAGGGAAAUGACGACAAAUACAUCGAAAAUAUUGUCGAGGACCCCAAGGUUGGGCGCUUGGUUCGCAACAAGGGUGCAAAAGGUUCAGUGACAUAUUACGUCGCUUUUUACCCUACUGUUCCCAUUUUGAGCCUAGAAGAUAUUCAGGAAGUGGACGAGAUCAAGGAGAGAAAGAGAAAACUCCAAGAAAAGGAAUCCGAGGUGGAUGAGAAGACUUUAUCUAAGCCCGCCAAGGAAGCUAUGAAACAGGAGAAAUUCGAGAUCGCAGAGCUCGAAGAUCUAUUCAGUAACAAGAUGAAGCUUGACCUCGAUGAACUUUUGCAAUACAACAGCGGAGCUUUGGCGUUCUCUAUUUUGGGCGGCGAAUUACCCCAAGGCGGAUGCCAUGUUCAAGCGUUUUUCGACUCUGGUGGGUACGCAAGAUUCGUGACUCAGAAGUACUCAGGGAGAACGUUAAGUCCGGGAGCCACUGGCGAUGAGACGAUCAAAGAACUAGAGUGGUCCAUUACCACUUUUAGAGUCACAAAACACAAGGAUGCCAACAAGGCUGAUGAUUGUCUUGCAGAGGUCACGAUUCCUACGAUUGAGCUGGUUCGGAACUGUUACUAUAAGCCGUCCAUUUUGAAUUUGACGGGAAGUGCGAGCGCCAAACUCAUGUUGCAAGUAUCGUGGUUCCCACUUGCGGUUAGCGAGCUUCCUCAGGCGGAUUUGAUUACCAAUUCAGGCGAUUUGACCAUUAAAAUCAUAAAUGCCAACAAUUUGAUAUCUGCGGACAGAAACGGGAAAUCAGAUCCCUUCGUUAAAUUCUACAUCGACAACGACAAGGGCUCCUUUUUCAAAACGCAUCAUCAAAAGCGCACGCUUGACCCGACAUGGAAUGAAACCUGCGUCGUACAAAUUACGAACCGUGUCAAUAAUUAUUUGAAAAUCAAGAUGAUGGAUUGGGAUGCAGGCAACAAAGAUGACCUGAUCGGAGAAGGUGUCGUACCUCUUGCUGACAUAGACCCGGAAAACCCGAUGGAUCUCACCGUACCUCUCGUUGGACCUAAGGGCCAGGACGGUGGAACUCUGAACUUAAAUUUCAGUUUUUCGCCCAGAUAUACACUCUCCGUUCGCAAGAGAGAAAGAAAAGUUGGAGAUCUUGCUUCCAAGGGACUUUCUUCGGGUAUUCAUGCUGGUACUACUGUCAUUGGAGGUGGACUGGGUGCUGUGGGCAAGAUAAGAAAGGGAAUCUUUGGUGGGAAGAAAAAAGACGAAGAAGAUUAA